AUGUCCAGGAAGGACAAGCUAACCCUAGCGUUGAAGGACAUGUACAAAGGGUAUGAGGCCUACGUGGAGAGGAAUGGAGGCUCCACUCAUGGGAAGGUUAGGAGUGGGGGGGCACCCACUCAAUGGGAGGCUCGCCACCCCAAGGGGAAGGGGAUCCAAAAGGGGGGAAUCCCAAACGAGGGGGGGAUCCAAAAGGGGGGAAUCCCAAACGAGGGGGGGAUCCAAAAGGGGGACCGACCACAGAAAAGGAAAAAGGGCCCUCCUCGUGUGAAGAGGCAGGUUUGCCCGCUCCGCUUCGUCACGGUGAAGAAGGGGGGGGAGAGCGGCGAGGUGACAGAUGAGGUUCCCCUCGAAGGUUCCCACGAAGAAGGGCCCCCUCCCUCCUUGCGUCGCAACAGCAGCGCCGUUUCUGCGGACCUGCUGAAGCUGCUCAUGUAG